UGCAACUCGCACUUCUUGUCAAAGCAGCAGCUGCCCUCUCCUGAAGAGACUUGCUAAAGAAACGAAGAGACAACUAGACAGACAAAUGGCCUCCAAAGUUUCUGCCCUGCUCUUCCUGGGUCUCAUCUGCUUCCAGUUUGCAACAGCUCAGAUCGUGAUGGACUGCUGCCUGAGUGUCAGUGAGAAACGUCUAAACCCCAAAAACCUUGUGAGCUACAGCAUUAAGAGAGCUGGCAUGGGCUGUGACAUUAGCGCCACUGUGUUUGUCAAUAAGAAAGGCAUGAAGCUGUGUGUCGUACCUCCUGAAGGGAAUCCAUGGGUGCAAAAUCUUAUCAAGAUUUUGGACAAGAGACACCCUCACCAUUAAAAAAGAACAUGGAGAAGACAUGGGAAAGGAUGUCUGAAGGCUGAACUCAGAGCCGUUUCUGUUCAGAGUCCCAGAGCAGUCGUGUUGUACAGUUAAUGCCUGAGAAGAUCAAACUUGUGAAGUUACUCAGAAAUCAUUGCUCUGUCUGAUUUAUGAUGACUUUCUGUUUGUCUUCGCCCACACGUGACUACAGACAGGCUGAAAGUUCAAUUCUACACGUGUUUCUUUUUACUUGUGGUAACUGGCAUCUGGCAGAGCUCCAACAGAGGGCUGUUUCCUUUUUUCUGUGGUAUUUCUCCGAUAUGUUGUACAGAAAUAGAAACAGAUGCCUCAACCUGCCUGGACUGUAACACCUGAAGCAGACAAAAGAGAAAAUCCCUGUUCUGUUUAUCACAGUAUUGUAUGCUGCAUGUUGGAGGGGGGUUUGUUCUGACAAAAUGUGAAUAUUGUAUUGUACAGUUAAAGCUGAGAGUUAAAAUAAACUUUUUUUUAUAUCAUUUUGUA